UCGAAGUGUUGCUCCUGCUUUCAUUUUCAGAGCAGAAAGACGUUAGCUCCCAGCAGUUACGAUCGUGCCGGCACUUCACCGCAGGAAAGGCCCCACCAUGGCGUUCCAGGCAACGCUUCUCCUAGCUCUCACUUUGAUCUUCGGUUCACAUGCGCAGUUUAGUAUCCAACUGGGAUGGAAAGACCCCAAUGUAACAGCGAUUCUCGGACGCGCUCCUGAGAUCCCGCUAACACUGACCAAUUACAACAAUAUGCAGUACUACGGCGUCCUGACUAUCGGCACCCCGCCCCAAUCUUUCAAGCUGCUCAUGGAUACGGGCUCCAGCAACUUUUGGGUGCCGUCGGUGAAGUGUGAUCAGAGCAUGGCCUGCCGCAACCACGCAAAGUACGACAGCAGCCAGUCAAGCACCUACACCAAAAACGGACGGUACAUCCGGAUCCGCUACAGUGGCGGCGUGGUGCGGGGCGUCACGAGCAUCGACAACGUGGGCGUCGGGCCAGCCACCGUGACGCAGUACAAGUUCGCUGAAAUGGAUCACUCAGACGGCAAGCUGUUCAGGACGGCAAAGUACGACGGCAUCUUCGGAUUGGCCUUCCCCAGCAUCUCGCAGAAUAACCAGUUGCCGCUGUUUGACGCCAUGGUGAAGCAGGGCGUUGUUCAACAGGCCGUGUUCUCGCUCUACCUGAGCAAGCAGCCCAGCGAGCAAAACGGCGGAGAGAUCUAUUUCGGAGGCAUCAAUGCGGAACGCCAUACGGGUGACAUUCAUUAUGUGGCCGUCAACCAGGCCGGUCACUGGCAGGUCACUAUGGACAACAUGGACGUUCAAGGCACGACGCUCUGCGUCGGUGGCUGCAAUGCUGUGGUCGAUUCCGGAACGUCGUUCCUCAGUGGACCCAGAGCAGAAGUGGAAAUCCUUCACAGGGUCAUUGGUGCUGUGCGCACAGAUGCUGGAUACUACGAGGUUGAUUGCAACAGGAUACCCAGCUUGCCAGCAAUCACUUUCAACCUGAACGGCAAGUCCUUCCCACUUCAAGGAGAAGGAUAUACCAUUAGGAUUCCGAUCGAAAGCGGCGGUGUUCAGUGUUUCACGCGCAUCUCUGAGUCGGAUGCGUCGGGAGCACGCCUCUGGAUCUUGGGCGCCACAUUCACGCAGGAGUAUUACACAGUGUUCGACAGGAACCAGAACCGCGUCGGAUUCGCCACUGCGGUUUAAAAGUGCUUCUUCGCCGCCAGCGUGAAAGAAUGCGACUCUUUCGGCCGUGCGAAACGAUGGCUCUUCACUUCGAUAGUGAACUGAAUAAAGCAUGCCAACCGUUCCUACGGUGUCAUUA